CAACCGCACCGCUUUCUUCUACGUCUCUCUCAGUUUAUUGUUUAAUUCGAUUUUGAUUUUUCCUUCCCUUCCGUUACCCUCCACAUUUCAUCCUCUCCCUUGCUUUUACAAUUCAAGAUUUUCUCCAAUUACAAUUUUCUGUUGAACAAGAAAUGGACGACUCCAAUGCCAAUGCCAAAGCUCCCGCUGACACCGCCGCCUCCGCCGAAGGAGAACAAAACCCUACCAACAGUCCGCCUAAUGGAGGCGACGGCGCCGACAAUCUCAGCCGGAGAACUCCGUUUACGAACCUCAGUCAAGUCGAUGCGGAUCUCGCCCUUGCCCGUACUCUCCAGGAGCAGGAGAGAGCUUAUAUGAUGUUGGCAAUGGGUGGUGGUGAUGGCAUUCCUUAUGGAAGCUGGGGAGAUGAUAGUUAUGGGCAUGAAAAUGCAAUUUAUGAUGAUGAUUAUGAUGAUGCUGGUGAAGAGGAUUAUGAUGGUUCUGGUGUAGAGGUGGAUGAUGAUGAAUCAGAAGAUGCUUUUGAUGUCCACGCUCGUGGUGAAGGAGUAGAAGAUGAUAAUCACCCAGCAGAAAUGGAUCCCGCUUCGUUUUCCAGUGACGAGGCCUUUGCUAGAGCGUUGCAAGAUGCUGAAGAACGGGAAAUGGCAGCCAGAAUGUUGGCACUAUCAGGGAUAAAUGAGAUGGUUGUUGGGGAUGAUGAAGACGUGGAUGAAGAUGAAGAUGAAGAUGAGCAAGCUGGAAUUCUUCCGGAUACAUGGGACGAGGUUGAUCCUGAUGAACUCUCGUAUGAGGAGUUGAUUGCAUUAGGAGAAGUUGUUGGAACAGAGAGCAGGGGUCUUUCUGCAGAUACUAUAGCUUCUUUGGCUUCUGUCAACUAUAAAUCACAAGACACUCAGGAAGGGAUCAGUGAUUCCUGUGUAAUAUGUAGAUUGGACUAUGAGGAUGGCGAUGCAUUGACUGUUCUCUCUUGCAAACAUUUAUAUCAUCCAGAAUGUAUUAACAAUUGGUUACAAAUCAACAAGGUUUGUCCCGUGUGCAGCACUGAAGUAUCGAACUCUUCAGGAAAAAGCUAGUAGACUCGAUCAGCAACAGCAAGCUCAGUUGUCUUAUAUUUAUAUACUAGUAUGAUGCAUUCAAGCUUUGUCUCUUAUUUGUAUCAUCAUUUCACAUGUUUCUUGGCAACAUAAUGUUAGCUUCUCUAGUUUCUUACA